AUGCCGUUGCCGUGGCUUCUGCAUCCUCCAGCCGUGCUUCCACUCCGUGUCUGGCUGCAGGAAGCCGAGAGUCCGAGCCGACACGCCAGCCACUCGCUCCUCAGCUGCUCUACUAACAGGUUCCUCUGCAUUUGGCUCUGGACCUGUUUACUUCCAGCCAGAGCCGAGGUCCAUCACGCACCUGUGGAACAGGGGAGGGGGGCAUGGAAAACAGCCGCAAACGUGCACACUGCAUCAGCUGCAAGGAUAACAGAAAGUAAACACCUCGGGCCGAGGCGGCUAAUCAGACGAAGAAUAGUACACCAGGUCGCCCUCAACCACCACCAUGUUGAUGCCUUGACCGUGGCGCCGAUGAUUGAUCUAAAUUAUGUGCCUUUUCCUGUUCACCAAAUAGGGUGUAGGACAUGCGAUGCCAGUCCUGAGAUAAGCCACACCAAGAAGGGAUCAGAAAGAUGGAAGAGAGGGCUUCCUCCUCCUCCUACCCUAUUCACUUCCCUGAUUAUAUCAUUUGGUGCUGCCUGGACAGGACAUAGGUUCAGCAUCUGGUUUCCAUGCUUGUCUCGAUUAGAAGCCAUGCAGUCACUCCACUUUUCAUACAAGAAAUACAGGAGUAGAUUACCCAUACCAGUUCUUGCCAUUGCUCUUGUGCUGCUGAUCUCUCUGGCCACCCCCACCAGUUCCUGCACAGAGCAGGAGAAGACAUCUCUCCUCCAGUUCCUUGCUGGGCUCUCGAAGGAUUCUGGUCUCGCCAAGUCAUGGAAGGAAGAAGGAACUGAUUGCUGCAAAUGGCAAGGGAUCACCUGCAACGGUAACAAGGCGGUCACUGAGAUCUCUUUGCCAUGUAGAGACCUUGAAGGGUCCAUCGGACUGUCUCUUGGAAACCUCACCAGUCUACAGCACCUUAACUUGUCCUACAACACUCUGUCCGGUGUCCUGCCACUAGAAUUGGUGUCUUCCAGCAGCAUCAUCGUCCUUGACGUCAGCUUCAACCACCUCAGUGGAGAUCUGCAUGAGCUGCCUUCUUCAACCCCUGGCCAGCCUCUAAAGGUACUUAACAUCUCAAGCAACUUGUUUACAGGGCAGUUUACAUCCACGACAUGGAAGGGAAUGGAGAAUCUAGCCGUGCUCAAUGCCAGCAACAAUAGCUUUACUGGUUUGAUACCAAGCCAUUUCUGUAACAUAUCUCCAUCCUUUGCUGUGCUUGAACUCUGCUACAACCAAUUCAGUGGUAGAGUUCCUCCGGGGCUUGGUAAUUGCUCCAUGCUGAGAGUGUUCAAGGCUGGCCAAAACAACCUCAGUGGGGCACUCCCAGAUGACAUUUUUAAUGCUACCUCGUUGGAGUACUUGUCUUUACCUAGCAAUGAGUUACAAGCUGCACUAGAUGGUUCACACAUAACGAACCUCAAAAAUCUGACAACUCUUAAUCUUGGAGGGAACAACUUCAGCAGCAGUAUUCCAGAUUCCAUAGGUCAGCUCAAGAGACUGCAGGAGCUCCAUCUUGACCACAACAGCAUGACAGGAGAGCUCCCAUCAACUCUGAGCAGCUGCACAGAUCUCAUAACAAUUGACCUCAAGAGCAACAGCUUCAGUGGAGACCUUGUCAAGGUCAAUUUCUCCACCCUUAAAAAUCUAAGAACUUUAGAUCUCUUGUACAACACUUUCACUGGCACCAUUCCAGAGAGCAUCUACUCUUGCACUAAUCUGACUGCACUGAGGCUAUCAGGUAACAAGUUACAUGGUCAGCUUUCACAAAAAAUAGUUAAUCUGAAGUCGCUCACCUUCCUAUCAAUAGGCGGAAACAAUUUUACAAAUGUCACAAAUACACUUCAAAUCCUCAAGAGAUUCAGGAACCUAACGACUUUGCUUAUGGGAUCCAGUUUCAUGGGUGAGUCCAUUCCGGAGGACGAAACAAUACAUGGUUUUCACAAUCUUCAGUUUCUGAGUAUGGCUAAUUCCUCAUUAUGUGGAACAAUACCACUUUGGUUAUCCAAGCUAACUACUUUACAGAUCCUAGAUUUAUCUGGUAAUCAACUCACUGGACCAAUACCUGCAUGGAUCAACAGACUAAAGUUCCUCUUCUAUCUAGAUAUAUCGAACAACAGCUUUAUAGGGGAAAUUCCAAAAUCUUUAAUGCAGAUGCAGAUGCUAACAUCAAAGAAUACUGCAGCGCAUUUUGAUCCAGGAAUCCUUGAGCUGCCUGUUUAUCAAGGACAAUCGCUUCAAUACCAUGGGAUUAGAGCUUUUCCAACAGUGUUGAAUCUUGCAAGUAACAACCUUACAGGGGCAAUUCCUCAAGAGAUUGGUCAACUGAAAAUGCUCUUGUCACUCAAUAUAAGCCACAACAACUUAUUCAAACAGAUCCCACAAUCAAUCUGCAACCUCACAGACCUCGAGGUACUGGACUUAUCCAAUAAUCAUCUCACUGGAGCUAUCCCGGUUGCACUGAACAAUCUGCACUUCCUUUCCCAAUUUAGUGUGGCUAACAAUGACCUUGAAGGGCCUAUUCCAACUGGAGGACAGUUUAGCACAUUUUCUAUUUCUAGUUUCGAAGGGAACCCAAAGUUGUGUGGUUCUAUCCUCUUUCGUAGCUGUGGAUCUACUGGAGCACUUCCAGUCUCCACGAAACAACACAACAAGAAGAUCACUUUUGCAAUUGCAUUUGGUGUGUUCUUUGGAGCAGUUAUAAUUCUUCUAUUGCUUGUGUGUUUCCUCAUCUCAACCAAGGGUACAGCAUCCAUAAGAAAGGAUACAAGUACAGCCACUGAGGAUGUAGGAGCUUCACGCUCUAAUACAGAGCAACCAUUUGUGAUAGUUCCACAAAGAAAGGGAGAAGGAAGUAAUUUCACAUUCAUCGACAUCGUGAAGGCAACAAAUAAGUUUGACAAGGAGAACAUCAUUGGAUGUGGUGGCUAUGGACUAGUAUACAAGGCUGAGCUACCUGAUGGGUCCAAGCUCGCCAUCAAGAAGCUUAACGGUGAGAUGUGCCUCAUGGAAAGGGAAUUUACUGCAGAAGUUGAUGCGUUGUCCAUGGCACAGCAUGAAAAUCUAGUGCCACUGUGGGGCUACUGCAUCCAGGGGAACUCGAGGUUCCUAAUAUAUUCCUUGAUGGAAAAUGGCAGUCUGGACGAUUGGCUUCACAACAGUGAUGAUGAUACCAGCACAUCUCUUGACUGGCUGACGAGGCUCAGGAUUGCCCAAGGAGCGAGCCGUGACCUUUCUUAUAUCCAUAAUGUCUGCAAGCCUCACAUUGUCCACCGUGACAUCAAAUCCAGCAACAUCCUACUUGACAAAGAAUUCAAAGCUUAUGUAGCAGAUUUUGGGCUGUCAAGACUGAUCCUGCCCAACAAAACUCAUGUCACAACCGAGUUGGUUGGCACUCUUGGUUACAUUCCACCUGAGUAUGGCCAAGGGUGGGUGGCUACUCUGAGAGGUGAUAUAUACAGUUUCGGAGUUGUCCUACUUGAGCUGCUCACAGGAUUGCGACCUGUUCCAGUUCUGUCAACAUCAAAAGAACUUGUCCCGUGGGUGCUGGAGAUGAGGUCUCAGGGAAAACAGAUUGAGGUCCUGGAUCCAACACUCCGUGGCACAGGGCAUGAAGAGCAAAUGCUGAUGAUGCUUGAAGGUGCUUCUGUGGCUAUGAUAAACAAAGUUCUGAAACCACUGGAAUGGAGUGGGGAUACAGAGCGAGUAAAUUCAAAAAUUGUCUGGCUAAAGUAUGAAAUGGAGUGGCAGCAUGAUAAUACGUAG